CAUUUGAAAAGCGGCAGUUGAGGAAAGGGGCGUGUGCGUGUCUGUGUGCUUGAAGCGAGGAGGGGCGGGGAUUAAAAAAAACGCGCCAGAAAGAGGCUCCUCCCUCGCCCCGCCUCCUCCAACGGGCGCCAGUGAGAGAGGCCUGAGCGCGCGCUGCUGCCCGCUCGUUGGCUGCUAUCGCAGGGGUUGCCGGGAUACUUUGGUGACGAGCAAAGGGGAGGGGGAGUAAAGAAGGUUGGGGGGGGCGUUUUCACCUCAGUAUUGUUAUUAUUGUUAUAUUAUCCUCCAUCGUUCUCAUGGCGCACAAUCAGAUCUACUAUUCGGACAAGUACGACGACGAGGAGUUCGAAUACCGGCACGUGAUGCUGCCGAAGGACAUUGCAAAGCUGGUUCCCAAGACCCACCUCAUGUCUGAGUCAGAGUGGCGGAACCUGGGGGUCCAGCAGAGCCAGGGCUGGGUUCACUAUAUGAUUCAUGAGCCAGAGCCCCAUAUCCUGCUUUUCCGAAGGCCGUUGCCAAAGAAACCAGAAAAGUGAUGCGUGUUGACUCUCUUCCGUGUUUUAGAUAUAAGCACCUUUUUUAAAAAAAACAGUAACUGUAUUUUUGUUUUUUUGAAAAGUUUGACAAAUGUUUUCAGUAUGUCUGUCAAGACGCCACUCAACACAACAUUUAUGCCACCCAGGGAAAGCUUCACUUGCUGCAGAAAGAUUGCCUCCUGCAAAGGACUGAUUUAGCUGCUGAAACACUGAUAUUUUUUACACUGGCUGAAGGCUCCUGCUUCAUCCCGCACAGCAGGCUGGUUUGGUUUUUAAACAGGGGAGAAUGCAGUGUGUUUUUCUGCUUGGAGAUUUCUAAUCUAAGUUUUUAUUUCUUUUCUAAACUUUGUUUUUCAUGUUAUCCUUUGGAACUUUUAAAAGGUUUUCUUGAUAUGAUUGUUCUUAAAGCUCUAUCAAUAAAAAGCCAAGAUUUUAUACUU